AAUCACUAGACUUGAGUGAUUAUCGUGGUGCUCUAACGUAAACACACAUAAACGGUUAAAUUGCUCCGUGUUCCAAACUGAUUCAUUCUUGACGUAGUUUUAUUUUUUACAAAAAAAAAAGUUUUAAAUUUAAAGAUCAGCUUCAAACUCUCUUUCCCCUUUAACUUUUGGAUUAAUUUAUUUUCUUUAACAAAAUGAGUGAACAGGAAUACGAUAAAGAACAACUGAGAAAUCUCUUAACCGACAAACGGAAAAAUUCGCUAAAAACUAAAUCUUUUUGAAAAUUCCUUUCAAUCAUUAGUCAUGCGUAAUGCCUUUAAAGCUUUCGAUCAUGAGGACAAAGGUUUCAUCGAACAUGGCGAUGUUAUACAAAUUGUAGAAAUACUAGGACAAAAACUCGAUGAAAAGGCGGUAAAAGCUUUAAUCAAAGAAGUCGAUAAGGGCAAUACGGGUAAAUUGGACUUUAAGCAAUUCUGUAAGUUGGCCUCACGUUUCGUCGAGGUUGAAGAGGAUGGACCAGUAUUGAUGGGUGAAUUGAGAGAAGCUUUUCGUAUCUAUGACAAAGAGGGUAAAGGUUAUAUAACUGUUGCCACAUUGCGCGGUAUUUUACAUGAAUUGGAUGAUAAAUUGUCUAAUCAAGAUUUGGAUAUGAUUAUUGAGGAAAUCGAUUCGGAUGGUUCGGGUACGGUGGAUUUUGAUGAAUUCAUGCAAGUGAUGACAGGUUAAGUUUUUCUAUUAGUCUUUUUACACCACCUUAAUUUUUUUCUAAAGUGGUUUGCAGACAACUAAGACAUUUUAUUUAAGUUCUAUUUAUUUUUUCUCAAAUUCCUUAAAAUAUAUUUGAUUUUAUUUGUUAAAAAAAAAGUGUUAAUUUGUCAUUUAUUUUUCGUUUAUAAACUAUUUAUAAUCCAUUGUAAAAAAUCACUGUAUUUAUUAAAAAAAAAAAUAAAAAAAACUAAUAUAAAAAAUCAAAGGACAAAAAAUAGUUU